CAGCUGACAAAACAAAGCAGUGUACGUUCUGAAUCCGUUUUCAGUUCUUAUAAAUCCUAAAAUAAAAAAUAUUUGACGCAGAAUUUCGUAAAUAAAGAUUUUCACUUUAAAAUUUUCAAAGUAAAUGAUGUAACUAGUUUCAAAAUAAAAUAUUUUAACCCACAUAAAUUAUUGAAGCUACAGAUGACUCAUCACCAUACUACAUUUCAAAACGCACUCCCACUCCGGUAAAAGGGUGAGUGAACCGCCUCAUUGUUAUUUAUUGCAUUUGCCUCUAAUAAUACAUUAAUUAGCCGUUUUACGGACACAGCGAGUGCAAUAACAUAGGUCGCGAGAGCCAUGCCGAUGUGAGUAAUUUAAAAGGUGUGGCACGACAAGGGGCGUAGUUUCUCGUCUAGUGACAUUAGUGGUGUGAAAAAUAUUCUUCCUAACUCGUCGCAAGAUGACCGAGUACAAAUUGGUGGUGGUAGGCGCGGGAGGCGUCGGUAAAUCCGCAUUGACUAUACAGCUGAUACAAAAUCAUUUUGUGGACGAAUACGAUCCUACGAUCGAGGAUUCGUAUCGGAAGCAAGUUGUUAUCGAUGGUGAGACGUGUUUGUUAGACAUCCUCGACACGGCGGGGCAGGAAGAGUACUCUGCCAUGAGGGACCAGUACAUGCGGACGGGGGAAGGCUUCCUGCUGGUGUUCGCAGUGAACAGUGCUAAAAGUUUCGAGGACAUUGGCUCCUAUCGGGAGCAAAUCAAGCGGGUGAAGGACGCGGAGGAAGUGCCCAUGGUGCUGGUGGGGAACAAAUGUGACCUGCAGGCCUGGGCAGUGGACAUGGCGCAGGCGCGAGAGGUGGCGCGGAGUUACGGUGUUCCCUUCGUCGAGACGUCAGCCAAGACCCGCAUGGGAGUCGAUGACGCAUUCUACACACUUGUCCGAGAAAUCCGCAAGGACAAAGCGAGUCGAGUAAAAAGGAAUAGGAGAGGACGAACCAUAGGCCCCGGACGAAAGUUUAGGUGCACCUUUCUGUAAUUCGAUAAAUAAUUUAGUAAUAAUAUUUGUGGAUAUUAUCUGACGGUUGACGGUGAACGUGUAAGUCAAUUUUAUUGUCGACAAACUACCCUUUAGUUAAUGAUUUUUUUAAAGGUAAUCGAUUAACAAUCGAUUAACCUUUCUUAGGCUAGACUACAAAUUACACAAAAUAGUUUUUGUUUACAAUAAUAUUGACUACGUGCCAGUAGGCUAGAUCGACUACACAGCUCAUGAACGUGAAAAUUGAAUCUUAUAACCCACAUUUUAAGAUUCCAUUUUGGCGUUCCAUAGUGUAGCUAACUUUAGGGGAAUCGCUAAAGGUAUGAAGUAAAUACUUAUUAGCCUUAAUAUAAAUUUAUAUUACGAAAACUUCAGAUCAACAGUUAAAUCUAUUUGUGGCCCAUCCUGAAUCUAUUUACUA